UCUCAUCAUUUCGCUUUGUGACGGGCAGCGGCAAGCAGCAGUGGCAGCAACAAGGUUGCAAUAAUUCCUUCGGUCGCGUUCCUUUAAAUGGCGGUCUUUUGAAUAUUCGCGAUUCCCUCUGCAAGUGAGUUUUGCUACGGAAAAUAUUGUCUCUGCCAUCGUCAACAGUGGUGAAGUGGAAAUUUAAUUGUGCGAAGUGUGGUUUUGUGCCGUGGGCGAAGCGUAAUUCUAUCGGUGUGUGAAAAAAAGCGUCGGCAGAUUUUCUUGGUGUCGGAACAAGGAAAAAAAAUUGUCUCGCUUGGGUUCUCAAUUUUUGGGUGAAGUAAAGCCGCCUUCGCCAACGGAAAAAAGGACUCUUGUGGUGAAAUAGUUGAUCGAGUGAAUUUUUAAACUGUUUAACCAGACGAAGGAGCCGUUUGCUUGCUUUCAAAAUGACCGACAUUAGGGCAGCUUUCGCUGCGCAGAAUGGCGCCCCAACAGCCGGGACCACAUCCAGCCCCAAGAUCGGCGGCAAGUCGAUCGAGAAGAUCUACCAGAAAAAAUCCCAACUGGAGCAUAUCCUGCUGCGUCCCGAUACCUACAUCGGUUCGGUGGAACAUCUGAAGGAAACCAUGUGGAUCUACGACGGCGAGCUGAAGAAGAUGGUCCAGCGGGAGAUCAACUACGUUCCGGGAUUGUACAAGAUUUUCGACGAAAUCUUGGUCAACGCGGCCGAUAACAAGCAGCGCGAUGCCAAGAUGAGUGCCAUCAAGAUCGACAUCAACCAGGAAACCAAUACGGUUUCAAUCUGGAACAACGGUCAAGGUAUCCCGGUGGUAAUGCACAAGGGGGAGAAAAUGUUCGUUCCGACUAUGAUUUUCGGACAUCUGUUGACCUCGUCCAACUACAACGACGAAGAGGAGAAGGUUACCGGCGGUAGAAACGGUUACGGUGCCAAGUUGUGUAACAUCUUCAGUACCAAGUUCACCGUGGAAACGGCCACUAAGCAGUACAAAAAGUGCUUCAAGCAAACUUGGGGUGACAACAUGAGCAAGGCAAGCGAGCCCAAGAUCAAGGAAGACUACUCCGGAGAGGACUACACCAAGAUUACGUUCUCUCCCGAUUUGAAGAAAUUCAAGAUGGAAAAACUGGACAACGACAUCGUUGGGUUGAUGUCGCGGCGAGCUUUCGAUGUGGCCGCUUCAACCCGAGGAGUUUCGGUGUAUCUGAACGGCACGAAACUGCCAGUUAAGUCCUUCAAAGACUACAUCGAUCUCUACAUCAAGGACCAACAGGAUGACAUUGGAUCUCAGGUCAAGGUGGUCUACGAGAAUUGUAACGAACGGUGGGAAGUUGCUGUGACGCUUUCGGACCGUGGUUUCCAACAGGUUUCGUUCGUCAAUUCCAUUGCAACGACCAAAGGUGGUCGCCACGUAGACUACAUUACCGACAUGAUCGUGAAGCAGCUGAUCGAGGUUCUGAAGAAGAAGAACAAGGGCGGUGUUAACAUCAAACCGUUCCAAGUGAAGAAUCACAUGUGGGUGUUCAUCAAUUGUUUGAUCGUGAAUCCGACAUUCGAUUCGCAAACCAAGGAAAACAUGACGCUGCAAGCCAAGAGUUUCGGUUCCAAGUGCACCUUGUCGGAAAAAUUCAUCAACAACAUGUCCAAGAUUGGAAUCGUUGAAUCGGUGUUGCAGUGGGCCAAGUUCAAGGCUCAAACCGAACUGAACAAGGCGUCCGGUUCGAAGAAGUCCAAGGUUAAGGGUGUCCCCAAGCUAGAAGAUGCUAACGAUGCUGGUUCGAGAAAUUCCUUGAAUUGUACUCUGAUCCUUACGGAGGGAGACUCAGCCAAAACUUUGGCCGUGUCCGGCUUGGGAGUUGUCGGACGUGAUACGUACGGUGUGUUCCCACUUCGUGGUAAAUUGCUCAAUGUGCGAGAAGCCACCCACAAACAGAUCCUGGAAAACGCCGAAAUCAACAAUCUCAUUAAAAUUAUCGGCUUGCAGUACAAGAAGAAGUACAUCACGAUGGAUGAUCUGAAAACUCUUCGGUACGGAAAGCUCAUGAUUAUGACUGAUCAGGAUCAGGACGGUUCUCACAUCAAAGGUUUGCUGAUCAAUUUCAUCCAUACCAAUUGGCCGGAACUGCUGCGAUUGCCAUUCUUGGAGGAGUUCAUCACUCCCAUCGUGAAGGCCACCAAGAAGAACGGUGAGGAGCUUUCCUUCUUCUCGCUGCCCGAAUUCGAAGAGUGGAAAACCGAAACUCCGAACGCCCACACCUACAAUAUCAAGUACUAUAAGGGUUUGGGUACUUCAACUUCCAAGGAGGCUAAGGAGUACUUCCAAAAUAUGGAACGUCAUCGGAUUUUGUUCAAGUACGACAGCACCCAGGAUGAUGAAGCCAUUACAAUGGCCUUCUCGAAGAAAUGUGUCGACCAGCGUAAGGAAUGGCUUACUUCUCACAUGGAAGAGAACCGUCACCGUAAACAGGUAGGUCUCCCGGAAAGGUAUCUGUACACCAAAACAACCAAGGCCAUCACCUACAAAGAAUUCAUCAAUCUGGAGUUGGUGCUGUUCUCGAACUCUGACAACAUCCGUUCGAUUCCGUGUAUGGUGGAUGGUCUCAAGCCAGGUCAGCGAAAGGUUAUGUUCACGUGCUUCAAGCGUAACGAUAAGCGUGAAGUCAAGGUUGCCCAAUUGGCCGGUUCCGUUGCCGAAAUGUCAGCCUACCAUCAUGGUGAACAGUCUCUGUGCGGUACCAUUGUCAAUCUGGCUCAAAAUUAUGUCGGAAGUAACAACAUCAAUCUGCUUGUCCCGAGUGGUCAGUUCGGUACUCGUCUUGCCGGUGGUAAGGACAGUGCCAGUCCUCGUUACAUUUUCACCAUGUUGUCUCCGUUGACUCGGUUGAUCUUCCACCCGUUGGACGAUCCUCUACUGGAAUAUCAGUAUGACGAUAACCAGAAAAUCGAACCCUUAUGGUAUCUGCCCAUUAUCCCCAUGGUGUUGGUCAAUGGAACGGAAGGUAUCGGCACAGGUUGGUCCACAAAGAUUCCGAAUCACAACCCACGCGACAUCAUUUCCAAUCUACGGCGCAUGUUGAACGGAGAAGAACCCAAGAUUAUGCAUCCUUGGUACAAGAACUUCCGUGGGGAAAUCGAAUCCGUUGGUCACCAGAGGUACCUAACUGUGGGCAAUGUGUCUCUGCUGGACAAUCAGAAGAUCGAAAUUUCCGAACUGCCAAUCGGCACAUGGACCCAAACCUACAAGGAGAACACGCUCGAACCGCUGGCAAACGGAAGUGACAAACAAAAGGCCAUCAUCUCCGAGUACAAGGAAUACAACACCGACACCACUGUUCGGUUUGUGAUUUCGUUCCUGCCAGGUGAAUAUGAUCGAAUCUACGCCGAGGAGGGCGGUUUCCAUCGGGUAUUCAAGCUUACGAGCUCUAUCUCGACAUCCUCCAUGAAUGCUUUCGAUGACAAGAGUUACUUGAAGCGAUACGACCAUGCCAACGAUAUCUUCCACGAAUACUACAAGCUACGUAUUGAAUACUACGGCAAGCGUAAAGCCUAUCUGGAGGGUAUGUUGCAAGCCGAAGCGGAUCGUUUGACCGAUCAAGCCCGUUUCAUUAUGGAAAAGUGCGAUCGCACACUUGUGGUGGAAAACAAGAAGCGAAAGGUCAUGAUCGACGAACUGAUCAAGCGUGGCUAUCGGGCGGAUCCGGUCAAGGAAUGGAAGCGCAAGGUCGCCCUGGAUGUCGAAGAAGAAAAGGAGGAACCCGAAGAGGAAGAAGAAGAAGGUGAGGAUGUCAAACCAGGAAAAUCUUCAAAGAAACCUGUCGAUCCAGAGAAAGCAUUCCAAAAACUAUCUGACGUUAAGAAGUUCGACUACCUGCUCGGUAUGUCCAUGUGGAUGCUCACAGACGAACGUAAGAACGAAUUGCUCAAGCAGCGUGACGCCAAACUGUCUGAGUUGAGUUCUUUGAAGGCCAAGACGUUGGAGAUGCUGUGGGUCGAUGAUUUGGACGCGUUGAGCAAGAAGUUGGACGAAGUGGAAGAGAAGGAACGCUUGGAUGCCAUUUCCACGGAGAAGAAGCUGAAGAGCGGUGGUGCUGCUAAGGGAGGUCGCGGUACAGUCAAGUCCUUUAGCAAGAAGUCAGCCAUCGACGAAACCAAACCGAGCGAUAUGGGCGAGGAAGUUAAGUUCAAGGUUAGCGAAGAACUGCUCAAAAAGUACGAGAAGGCGACCGCUCCUCCUGUCUCAAGGGUCAAGAAGGAAAAGAAGGAACCUGGCGAGGGCGGAGCGGAAGGCGACGAGUUCGAUGCUUUGAUCGAAGGCAAAAAGCCUAAGGUCAAGAAAGAACCCAAAGCGCCAAAAGAACCUAAACCUAAGAAGGAGAAGAAGGAAAAGGACGGAAUGAAGCAGUCCAAGCUGAACUUUGGUGCCAAGGGUAAGGGAAAGAAGAAGAAGACAUCGUCGGAUGAAGAGGACUUCGAUUCCGGUAAUAGCGACGACGACUUCGGAGCAGCGAUGGAGGUUGUUCCAACUCGUCAGAAGACCGAGAGGCGUGCAGCAUCAAAGAAAAUCAACUAUUCGUUUGACGACGAAGACGACGAGGACAAAAACUUUGACCGGUCGGAUGAUGAGCUGUUCGAUAACAAUCCGGAAGUGCAAGACGGUGACAGCGGUGCCGCGCAGGCUGCGAUGGAUGACGGAAGCGACAUCGAGGAAGUGGCCAUCGAAUUGGAAGAUAGCCCUGUGAAACCGAAGAAGGCUGCCCCCAAGAGAAAGUUGGGUCCCAAGGCCGAUGGUCCUGCGAAGGCAAAGGCACCUGCUGCCAAGCGUGGCCGCAAGAAGGACAGCGGUAGCAGCGAGGACGAAAAGCCCAAGAAGAAGGCCAAGAAGAAGUACGUCGACAGUGGAUCCGAAUCCGAAAGCGAACCCAACUACGACGAUGACGAUUCGGACUUUGAGUAAACGUCUGGAUUCCCUUCGCCAGGAGCACUUAUCAAUAUAUUAAGAAUAUAGCUAAUGCUGUGUCAGUGCACCAUAACCUCUAAAUCUCACCCUUGGAGCCUUCUUGUGGAAGGCCUCUAAGUAUUGGUUUGAGUGCAGUUCGGGCUAUCCUAGCUGAACCGAAGCAACUUUGUGUAGCAGUUAAGAACUUAACAUAGUUUUUGCUGUCUAAUCGGUCAUGGUCACACAAACCAGAUUUAUAAGACCAAUUCACCACCGUUUGAAGCAUUUAGCAUCAUUUUACUUGGACCUGUGUAAGAACAUAACAAACUAUUUUAAACGACAGUAUAGACGUAGCCCUUAGAAAUCAUUUGAACACACAAUAACUAGAGUGUAGUAUCUUAUUUUUUGCACCCAUGCGUAAGCGUUAAGAUAAUUUAUACACUCAUUUCUGUACAACUUUUACGUUUUUGGAUGAAAGCUUUCCGAGAGGCGAAUGUGUUUUGUAUGUGCGUCCCCGUGUGAAUCAGUGUUUAGUAGGAACGAACAAGGAAGAUAUUUUUCAGCAAGUACAAGCUUUGGAAAUUGUAUGAAGCGCCGAAAAAAACUGAGGUGAUUCCCCUCCUAUGAUGCGAAAACCAAAAGGAAAAUUAGUGAAUAUCUUCCUUUGCGUAUGUGUGUGUUUGUGUGCGGCACCACGUUGCUGUUGAGGUUCUCUAAUGUACGUUAAUAUUUUGUACCUUUGCUGCGUUUAUGCACUCAUUGUAUUUUCAUUACUUUUUUGUAAUAAGAGCUGUAGAUAUUACCAUGUAAAA